CGUCCGUCUGUCCGUCCUGUCCGACGGCUCCCUGCAACCCUCCCGGCCAGCCGUCCUCCAAGCCCUCCAAGACUCCCGUCCGUCCUCCAAGCCCUCCAAGGCUCUGGUCUGAUUUCCAAGCCCUCCAAGGCUCCGAUCCCAUGUCCAUCACAGUCACCAGGAAGACCCUGCGGAGCAGCUCGGCGGGGCCGGGGCGCUCCUUCAGCUCCCACUCCUACACGGCCGGCCCCGGCGCGAGGAUGAGCGCGGCCGCGGCCUUCGGCGCCUACGGAGGCCGCUACGGAGCGGCUCUGCCGCGGGCCGCGGGAGCGGGGGGCUCCAUCGCGGCCGUGAGCGUCAACCGGAGCCUCCUGGCGCCCCUCAACCUGGAGAUCGACCCCGACAUCCAGCGCGUGCGCAAGGAGGAGAAGGAGCAGAUCAAGAGCCUCAACAACAAGUUCGCCUCCUUCAUCGACAAGGUGCGCUUCCUGGAGCAGCAGAACAAGAUGCUGGAGACCAAGUGGCAGCUGCUGCAGCAGCAGCAGGCGCCGGCGGCGGCGGCGCGGGGCGGCGCGGCCGCGCUCCUCGACGCCUUCGCCGCGGCGCUGCGGCGGCAGCUCGACGCGCUGGCGCAGGACAAGCUGCGCCUGGACGCCGAGCUGGGCAGCAUGCAGGGGCUGGUGGAGGAGUUCAGGAGCAAGUACGAGGAGGAGAUCAACCAGCGCACCGAGAAGGAGAACGAGUUCGUGCUGCUCAAGAAGGACGUGGACGAAGCCUACAUGAGCAAGGUGGAGCUGGAGUCCCGCCUGGAGAGUCUCACGGACGAGAUCAACUUCCUGCGGCAGCUUUACCAGGAGGAGCUGCGCGAGCUGCAGGCCAGGAUCUCCGACACCUCCGUGGUGCUCUCCAUGGACAACAGCCGCAGCCUGGACCUGGACGGCAUCAUCGCCGAGGUGAAGGCGCAGUACGAGGACAUCGCCCGGCGGAGCCGCGCCGAGGCCGAGAGCAUGUACCAGGUGAAGUACGAGGAGCUGAAGACGACGGCGGGCAAGCAGGGCGACGACCUGCGCAGCACCCGCUCCGAGAUCAACGAGCUCAACAGGCUCAUCCAGCGCAUCCACACCGAGAUCGAGGCGCUGAAGAACCAGAGGGCCGGCCUGGAGGCGGCCGUGGCCGAGGCGGAGGAGCGCGGCGAGCUGGCGCUCAAGGACGCCAGGGCCAAGCUGGGCGAGCUGGAAUCAGCGCUGCAGAAGGCCAAGGCCGACCUGGCCCGGCAGCUCCGCGAGUACCAGGAGCUCAUGAACGUCAAGCUGGCCCUGGACAUUGAGAUCGCGACCUACAGGAAGCUGCUGGAGGGGGAGGAGAGCAGGUUGGAGACUGGCAUGCAGACCCUCAGCAUCCAGACCAGGAGCUACUCGGGCGGCUACGGCAGCGGCUCCGGCGGCUCCUGGUCCAGCAGCAGCUGCGCGGCGCCCGCCGCGGCGCCCGGGAGCGCGCCCAAGGCGAGGGCCAUCGUCAUCAAGAAGAUCGAGACGCGGGACGGCAAGCUCGUGUCCGAGUGCGCCGACGUGCUGGCCAACUGA